UUUACUAUUUAACGACCUUGGUUGUUCGCAGAACUUACUCUUUCGUAAUCAUAACGUAAAUGAAUUUCUUAUUUUCCGAUGGGUACAUUUAUUAUGAAUGACACAGAUGAUACGUGUCUGAUGUAUGGAAAUAGAGGCGCUGGCCAGGAUGUAGACAGAACGAAAGACGAAGUAAACCAAGAUCCAAACAUUGACAGAUCGAGGACAAAGUCGGGCAGUCAAAUUGAUCAAAUACACAAGUUUGCUGGAUUCAGCAUUGGUCUUUCCAGUAUCUUUGCUGAACAAGUCCUUUCUCACCCAUGUAUUGUUCUGCGACGACAAUGUCAGGUGCAUCAUAAUGGAGAAUGGUUUCAUUUGACACCAUUUACGCUUUUCCAAGUGAUGCUGAAUAUGCAAAGCCACCAGGGAGUGACGACACUUUGGAAAGGCUUUGGAAGUGUGUUUGUAAUAAAAGGAAUAUUUAUGGUCAGUGAGACGGUGAUCAGUGAAGUGACGCCACUACCUAAAGAGGUGUCACGACACAGUUCGUUAAAGAAAUAUGGAGAACAUUUGCUCUUAAAGAGCUUGUCUUUCUUGGUGACUUCUCCAUUUUAUGCUGCCAGCAUGAUUGAAACAAUCCAGAGUGACAUUGCCAGUGAGAAGCCCGGUGUGUUUGACACGAUCAAGGAGGGUCUGACACGCAUCAUGGGCUGGGGCAUGCCUCAGACGACACGGCUCCUUCCCAUGUGGAAGCUUGUUCUGCCCACCCUGACCUUCCGACUCUCCCACUACCUGAUCACGUCUGUCGCACAGUACACAGUGAUGUCCACCAUUCGAUCAGAGCAGCGGGAAUUACGGGAUCAUUCCCUGGAGGAACACUCGGCGGAUGUUCUGAAUCCAGAAGCUACGAUUUUUGACAUCUACUUCCCCGAAUUACUGGCAUCAUUCACGGGGAGUCUUCUGGCAGAUGUGAUGCUCUUUCCCCUUGAGACUAUUAUACACAGACUGUACGUCCAAGGUACAAGAACGAUCAUAGACAACACGGACACUGGGCUGGGUGUAAUCCCAAUCAACACCAACUACGAGGGAUUCACCGACUGUUUCCAGUGCAUUGUCAAAGAGGAAGGCAUAUUCGGACUGUAUAAGGGAUUUGGGGCACUUGUUUUGCAGUUUGCCAUUCAUGCUUCACUACUACGUAUUGCAAAAUACCUGUUUGAGAAGUUGUCACAGGAACUGAAUCCUCCAAAAAGACGUCCUAUUUCUCAGUCAUCACCAACCAAGCACCAGUGAAGUAUGAAGACUAACACCAAGAGACACUUUAAUAUACAUGUAUACUCAGCUGAAACCAGAACAUUUCAGAUUUUCUCCAUACUUGACAUGUUUUCUUGCAUAUAACAUCAUUUACUAAUGCAUAAUACCUGUACACCUGCAGUUAUAAUAAACGUGUGUGUUUGUUA